AUGGCGUACAACUUCGUGCGCUCGUACAUCGACACAUUCCGGGAGCGGACCGCCGCCAUCAGCCACACCUCCACAUUUCGCGAAACCGGGCAGAUCACACCAGAGGAGUUCGUUCUUGCUGGAGACUUCUUAGUGUUCAAGUUCCCUUCGUGGCAGUGGGCAGAUGCCUCAUCACCAGCGAAACGCGUAUCGUAUCUGCCUGAAGGCAAGCAGUUCCUAGUCACCCGAGGCGUACCUUGCCACCGCCGUCUCGAUGACAACUUUGCCGGAGAAGCUGGGCAGGAUGAGACGAUUGUAGGUGAUGGGUUUACCGCUGGUGAGGGUGGCGCAGACGACGAUGGCUGGCUGCGGACAGGCGGCAUGGCCGCAAGCCAGGAAGCCAGGGUGCGCGACGUCAGGACGGUUGAUGAGAGCGGCAACCUAGGCGCAGCUGAGGAAGAGGAUGAAAUUCCUGACAUGGAGGACGACGAAGACGACGAGGAGGCCAUCAUAAGAGAUCCCCAGGCUGGCUCGAAUACACAAGCCCCCCUACGAACCUACACCCUCUACAUCACAUACUCUGCUCACUACCGAACACCGCGACUCUACCUGUCCGGCUACGGCUCCACUUCAGUGCCACUCAAGCCACAGGAGAUGAUGGAGGAUAUUGUUGGAGAUUACAAAGACAAGACAGUCACCAUCGAGGACUUCCCGUUUUUCGAGCACGCGCUCAAGACUGCGUCAGUACAUCCUUGCAAGCAUGCUUCAGUGAUGAAGGUGCUGUUGGACCGCGCAGAUGCUGCUUUGAAGCUGAGACUUGCAAAGCUCAAGGCAGGCAAGGACGUGAGCAAGCUCGACAGCGGCAUGGAGGCUCUCGUCGAUGAUACCAGGUUGUUGAAACUCACCGAGCAAGCAAAGAACAAGAGCGGAGAGGAGGCCAAAGAUGAUUGGGAAGUACUUGAGGAGCAGGAUGACGAGGUGGCUAUUCGGGUGGACCAGUACCUCGUCGUCUUCUUGAAGUUCAUGGCCAGUGUAACGCCCGGCAUUGAACAUGAUUUCACUAUGGGUGUGUAA